ACACAUAACAGUGCGGAAAAAGCAUUUAAUGACACUAAACAUCAACUUCGAGUUUUCGGAUGAUAUUGUACCUUCUGAGUACAGGUUUUCGGGCCGGAUCUAUUCAUAUGUUCAUUUGAACAUAUGAUGAACAUAUGAAUAGGAAAAAGAAAUAAAGAAAAGGAAACAUCGUGGACAAAAGUUCUGUCUUGCUAUUUCGGAAGAUUAUACUAACGUUAACACAUAAGAGAAAAAGUUCUCGUACAGCAAUGUGAGACAGAGGAUUUGACUAGAUUGCUUAUGUCCUGUCGUACAUUUUGAAAGAAACAUCAAAUCGAUAUGUAGUCUGUUUCAAGACUAGACAAGAAAAACAGAUAGUUUAACGGGAGAACAACCGACCGGUUUUCGGGAGAUAUAGGUUCGAUUCCUAUUCUGCUUUAAUGAUCCUCUUGGAAUAGUCUUUCGUACUAUUCAGAGCAUAUCAUUGUGGAUAUUUGAUGAAGUAAGUCGAACGUACACCGAUACGUGGACAAGUGAAAUGAAAGCAAGUCUCUUCUCUCUUCGAAUAAUAUAUCUAACUCACACCCUCACACCCCACCCUUUGACUAAACCGCCUGAUGAGUCCGUGAAAUUCGGACGAAACCGGUCGCGGUAGUCUAUAUUUUGAAACUCACACCCUGAAAGAAAAGUUGUUUUUGUGAUAAUUUCGAUAAGUUUCAAACAACAGCUGCGCAAAAUUGAUACCUCCUUCCUCGGUUAACGUAAGUUUACAUAAGAUAAAACAUGGUAAAAGUAACUUCUUUAUUUUUUAUUUUGUUGUGUUGUUUGCUCAUUUCAUUGGGUUAAAACCCUACGAGUAGAUGAUAACUCACCUUGUGAAACAACAGAAAGUUGCUUUAUUUAUUUUUGUUUUUGCUCACUGAUAACACACGAGCUGAUACGUUGAAAGACUCACAUAAUCUAUAUAUUCAUGGCAACAUCAGAGCUCACCUUUUGAGUCAAGACAAUAAAAAUCUGUCACAGACUCAAGACUCUCCGAGUGUUUUCCAUCUAGUGCCAGAUAUUGUUGCAUCUUUACUGCCCUUGUUCACGUAAGUUGUGUAUUGCAGUUUGACAGGUAAGUUAAAAUGAAUCCGUAUGCAUAUCCAAACAUACAUGUUCUUUUUUUUAAAUUGUCUUAUCACUAGUGAUAAUUCUGUCACACAAACUGAAUGGACUGGUUUCCAGGUAUUUCACAACUGAAAAGUGGCUUUCAGUUGUUUUGUGGAGAUGUGGAAGGAGCAGCACAGACGCAAAAGAAUUUCGUUCGCCAGUGCCCAGGAUUUUCACAGGUGAAAAAUUUGUUGUAUUUUUACUUCCUUUCAAGUAUAAACUUCUUUGAAUUUCAGGUUACUUCUUUGGUUCAGUUAAUUGAUGGAGACGAAGAAGGGGCACUCGAGACUCAAAAACAAUGUUUUGGAACAUUGUCUAACUUUGCAGAUGCUAUUCCAGUUGUCGGCCAUGCGAAAGGUCUUGUUCAUUAUGCCGUUGGUGAUGAAAAGGGUGGUGAUAGAGCUAUGAAAAGUUCUACUCAAACAAUCGAUAGUAUUCCGGUAGUUGGACAUGUUAAAGGUCUUAUUCAUUAUGCUGCUGGUGAUGAAGGUGGUGGUGAAAGAGCUAUGAAAAGUUCUACGCGCACAACAGCUGUGGUUGGUGCUGGGGCGGGAGCCUUCCUUGUUAGUGGACCUAUUGGUGCAGCGGCCGCUGGAGUUGGUGCAGGCGCCGCGAUGGAUGCCGUGUAUACCGCAGCUACUGAUAGACCACACGGUUUAAUAGCUGCGCUGGAUAACUUAGAAAAAACUGGAUCUCCAGGGGAAUUUUUCGAUUCGGGUGUAAUGCAAAUAUUAGGAGAUGCGAGUAUGGGAAUGGUUAGUGGCGACUUAACCAAAAAUAUCCCAGAUAGCCUUCAGUCGAAAAAAGCAACAAAUCAAUACUUUAGUGAAAGCAAAUCGAAAACAUCAGCUGCUGAACAGAAUGCUCAAUCGCUACCUCCAGCUAAACCAAAUACUCAAUCACUAACUCCAGCUGAACAAGUGCAACUAAAAAAUGCUGAAGUGACUAGUUACAAAGCAAAACGGGCGAUGGAUCAUGUUGAUAAGAAUCAACUUAAUUUUAAACAAGAACAACAAUAUUUAGAUAGAAUGAAGACAUUAUAUAAUGAAUAUUCAAUUGCAGAAAGAGGCGUAGGUGAACUGUCUAGUAAGUAA